GCGGGAGAACCGAGCGACGGUGGUGGAGCUAUGGAGAUGGUGUGCGUACCGGUGAUGGUUGGUGGUGGCGACGACGCCAAGCGGUGGGAGCACUUAUGCAUUUAUGCAUUCGUAUUUCCGCGCUCUCGAAGACGAACGAAGCCGUAAGAAGUCGUCGGAACGUCAGAGGCACUACGACCAAAGUCGUCGUAGCGGUCCAUUGAGGAGGAGAGUGGAAGAAGGAAAAAGAGGAAAAGGAAGAAGAAGAAGAAGAAGAAGAAGAAGAAGAAAAGAAGGGGAACGAUGGGGGGAAUGAAGGUGGGCGUAAAGUUGAACCGGAAUAAUAACAUGCACCGUCGUUCGCGCCCACCCAGAGCAAAAAUCUGAAUAUAUGAAACGUAAUGACGGAGCGUGGAAGAAGCGUACGCGCGCGCGAGGUCUUUUGCUCGCUCCAGGUGGUCGCGCCGUCGCGCUUUCCCGUCUCCUCCAAAAUCGUGUCUUUGGUUCCGUCCUUUCGAUCCUCCCUCGAUCCGGUACCUCCUCGCACAAGGGACCGGAGUCCGAGUAUAGAGGUCUAGACGAUCCAGAUUGUGGAUAGACCUGAUGAGAAAUGUCCUGUAAAGGCGCGAUAGAAAGGAAUGAACGAAGAAAGGAACUCUAAGGAAGGAAGGAAGGAAGGAAGGAAGGAACGAACGAACGAACGAACGAAAGAACGAACGAACGAACGAACGAAGGAAAGACAAGAGCAAGGAAGGAAGGAAGGAAGGAAGGAAGGAAGGAAGGAAGGAAGGCAGGAAGGAAGGGCGCCGUCGUAGCCCGGGGACCCGUGGCUCCGCCUAUCGGUGCGCCGCCUCGCGGUGGUGAAUACAUUUAGCCUGAUGAGGAAAGACUCGGGACGGACGUCGGCUACCCCUACCCGGAGUGGUGCCAGUGUUCCUUGCUCUGCUCCCUAUGCUAUGCUCGACUCGGCCCGGCUCCUCGUCGCUCGCCGGAUGGAUAUAGAACCCUUAGUACCAACUCCCCGGAGCCGCGAUUCUACCGAGCUCGAUAUACAUACAAUACGGUGCAAUGCGGUAUACCGGAUCAACCGUGUUACUUGAACGCGUAACCGCUUCUCUUUCUCUCGUAUCGAUCUUUCGUAUUCUUUCCUCGGCAGUUCAUAAUCGAGCAACGAAGCUAACCUUGGACGUUCAUUAUGGAUUCGAUCGAGCUGUUUGCGUUCAAAGCUAUGUUAAAAUUUAUCAUUCAAAUUUCUACUGGGCGACAUUAUUGCUGAGAUAUUCUGGAAAAGAGCAAGGAGAACUCUUUUGGGAACGAAAAAGGGAGUAGUACCAAGAGGGCACCAGGAGGAUACCGGGAGGGCACAACCAGGACAAAACUCAGCAGAAAAGAAUCUAAUAAACCGAAGAGGAGAUCCAGUUUCUCGCCAUUAUUCCGUCGAAAUACGCUGGGAGCCUUGGAUGAGGACGAAAAGGAGGAUAAGAGGAGAAAGAGGAUGAGGGUAGUAGAGAAGCUUGACUUUCAAUUUUUGGAUCUACACGAUUUGGGUGAUAGCGAUAAAAAUCAGUUGAUGGCAAUUUUAAAAUCUAGUAAUGUUACGGACGCAUUGAAGCUACCAUGGGAUACUCUGGAGAAUAAUCACGAAGGAAAUGCGACUGUAACAGAAAUAUCGGAAUUACAAAAUCAUUGGUAUCAAAAUGCAGGGGGAACCGAGGAGGAAGGUUUCUUAAAGUGCGCCAAUCCUACAAACGUUGCCGCCUCCUCGAUGGUCAUGUCGGCGAUACCGCAAACGCAUCAUCCCUAUAACCAACAGAUAAUAACAACUAUGUGCAGCGAUUGGCAACCCAUGUAUAACGUUCCUACCGACGCCCAUAUACAAUCUUAUAUACCUGGAUUAGCCUAUUCUCAUCCAAUAUUUCCAAAUACGGGAAAUGAAAUUCAUGAGGUUUCGUACGGUAGAGAAAACGGACGACGUAGCCGUGGCAGAGGUAUAAGAAGAGACAAUUUUAGCCGAGGUAUCAAUCAGACCACUGAAAUCCAUUCGGGAUAUAUCGGGGAACAGAGCCAAUUUCACCCGCCGAUACCCGUUAUGUACUUUUUGUCCGAUCACGCCGUAUCCCCGCAACAGCAUCAAGUCGCCGGACCAAUUUUUUAUCCUCCCAUAUAUUCCUCGCCAACCAUGCAUCCUCAUACGAAUACGCACCCACAUGCGCAUCCUACUUAUCAAUCGCAUCAUCAUUCGUCCAAUAACAUUAGAUAUGGGAGACAAUCGCAAUCGGUUAUUACGCAGCAAAGUCAAGAGUGCCUGAAAGGAACAACGACGAGCGCUCCUAAAACCCAAGAUAAACGUCCGCAAAAUGUAUAUUCGACUCUGAAGCCAUCGUCUUAUCAUCAAUUGUCAAACGAGGAAGAUAAUAAUUCCUCUCAGACCAACAUAGUGACGACAGUUAUCGUAAAUAACAGUAAUCGAGAGUCUCGGAUCGACAAUGAGGACGAGGAAGGUGGUAUUACUGCCAUUAAUAAGAAGACCGCGAAUAACAACGCCAAAGUCUCGCCGGUUAAUGUCAAAAUAGAACACAAUAUCGUUUCGACCGUCAACGAAGCUUGCAAUGGUACGGAGAAAAGUGAUCUCCCAUGUGUAAAUAUUAAUAGCAGCAUCGAGGUUAAGCAAAAUGGCGAAAGCGAGAAGGAAUAUAAAAAUGAAACUGUUUCUAGUAUUAAGACAACCGUUGUUAAGACAUUGUCGACGUCUACGUCGAAGUCAGGCGAGAACGAAGUACAAAUUGAAGAAAAUGAACCAUCGAAAGGAACCUCUUUAACGGAUGAGCCUCCUGUAAAACCUAAUAAUAAUCUGAUACCUGCUGUUGUAUCUACCGUUGCAAGUUCCUCCUUGGCUUCUAUUACGCCGAAUAUGUCUUGGGCGAAUGUUUUAAAGAAAGGCAGUUCAGAAUUACAAAGUAAUAAUAGUUCGGGUUACAAGCCAAUGGCACGAAUUAAUCCAUUGCCAGUUACGCCGGUGAACGAACAACAGAGUGGCGCAACGACGAAAACGCCAUUGCACCAAACGAUCGUACAAAGGGAACAACGUAUUGCAGGUCCAUCGCUCGAAAACGAAAGUCUUCCUUCUAGUGCGCACAAUAUGUCGAGCGAUUCUACGAAACACCAAACAGAAUUGACGAUCCUAAACAAAUACGACGAUCCUACUGUUUUUAGAAUGGCCGAAUUCUUAUUAAACUAUCAGAUGGACAAGCAAACGGUAAGCUUGUUACCGCGUGGCUUAACGAAUCGUAACAAUUAUUGUUACAUCAAUAGCAUAUUACAAGCUUUACUUGCGUGUCCACCCUUUUACAAUCUUCUUAUGGCCUUGCCAACGAACCAUUCCAAAGGCAAUUGCAAAUAUUCAUCCACCCCCCUCAUAGAUAACAUGAUUAAGUUUGUUCACGAAUUUACGCCUCUGUCGGACAGCGCUAGAUCAGCUAGAAAAGAUAGGGUACACAAAAGAGGAGACAAUUCUAUUGUAGAUAUACAAAGUGGUAUGGCAUUUGAACCAUCUUACGUGUACACUAUGCUGAAAAAUACUUCCGCUGCCGGAGUAUUUUCCGUAGAAGGCCGACAAGAAGAUGCGGAAGAAUUUCUCUCGUGCCUUCUAAAUGGUAUCAACGAUGAAAUGUUGGAGCUUAUUAAAUUAGUAAAUAAUGAACCAAAUCCAGCUGCUGCAGCCAAUCCAGCGGAGACUAAUAUUAAUUACAAUCAUGCGGAGGAAGAGUGGAAAGUAAUGGGACCAAAGAACAAGGGAUCCAUCACACGAUGUACCGAAUUUGGUCGAACACCCUUGUCUGAUAUUUUUCGCGGCCAAUUAAGGUCUAGAGUAUCUCGGAUGGGAGAACAGCCGACCGACAAUGUGCAACCUUUCUUCACGCUGCAAUUGGAUAUCGAAAAGGCGGAGACUGUGACAAGGGCGCUCGAAAUAUUGGUUGGAAAAGAUCAAUUGGAAGGGAUGACUUGUAGUAAAACGAAACAACAAAUAGAAGCUUGGAAGCAAGUCACUUUGGAAGAAUUACCGGUUAUCCUUAUAUUACAUUUAAAGUGGUUCGAUUACAAGCUUAAUGGAUGUUCAAAGAUAUUUAAGAAGGUCGAAUUCCCCAUAGAUUUAAAAGUGGAUGCCAAAUUUUUGUCACCAAAUAUAUGGAAAAAAUUGAAUUCCAAACAAAAACAGUACAAAUUAUUUGCUGUUACUUACCACGUUGGGAAAGAAACAACAAAAGGCCAUUACGUUACCGAUGCCUUUCACGUAGGCUACGGAGGUUGGGUAAGAUACGAUGACAAUUCGUUACAAGGUAUUUCAGAGAAUGACGUAUUAAAUCCAGCUCCUCCUAGCGUACCAUAUUUACUAUAUUAUAGAAGAUGCGAUACCAUCGGGAAUAAUCAAUCAAACGCAGGUAGAACCCGUUGAAAUAUCACUAUCCAUUUGUAUAGAUAAAAGUCCUAAACAAAUAUAGUGUGUAUCACUUUUUACGAUUUCACGUUUAUUGUUGAUAUUUAUAUCCGAGUAAGCAGAACGUUUGUUAUAAAGUAUGGUAAAAUUGAAUUACUAUUUCCUUUUAUCUUACUACACCGCUCAUCAAAUAUUUAUACUAAAAACUGUUACUAGUUUUACGCGUAGUUUUUUCUUGAUACAUAACUUGAAAGUAGCUAAGGUAAAACCAAGUGUUCAUAUUAGCACAUUUUAUUGGCGUUGGGUAUUAGAUGCUUAUAGUUUAUAAAAGAAAACAUUAGAUAUAAGUUUCUUGUAUAUAAUAUGUUUCUUCUAAGAUAGAUAUCGUAUAUCGUAUUAUGAUGUCUGCGCGCGUUUACACGGAAGAGUAAUUUGUAACGUGAAUUUUUAUGAUCACGUUGCCUUUCCUUCUCCUCCUCCCCCCACCCCCUCCCUCUAUUACUUCCCAUGGAACGAAAUUACGAUUUAAUUGCUUUUUUUUAUGACGUUUACUAAUCGUUUAAGAAGCACAGAUAUCUUUCUUCAGUUAGAUUAUGUUUAAAAUAUUAACAUAACGUCAUAUAUCUCACAUUUUCAAUCAUUCUGGUCAUCUCUUUAUUGAAAGGCUUAUUAUAUAAGUUUUGUUUUACGUAUUACGUAUAUGCGCGUUAAUUAGUUAUGUACAAAUAAUUUCUCUAAGUCUCCUGAAUUCCCAAUUUACUGUCCAACUUUUGAUAUUCGUUACUCGUGUUUAAGAUUUCUUAGGAAGAUAAGACUAAACAUUACGAUAAGUAAGAAAUACAUUUUUUUAUCAGGCAAGCGUGAACAUAUUUUCCAAUUUUGCCUUAUAAUCUUUGGCACCGACUGCCUGUCAUAAUGAGAGAGAGAGAGAGAGAAAAAAAAAAAAGAAAAAAGAAAAAAAAAUUAAUGUAACAUUCAUCGAUCCCAUUAAUGUUAAUAAGCUCAUGUAUUUCGUUAGAAACAAAUGUCCAUAAAUGUGUCAUUUUUGCAUAUAAAUACGUCACUUUUACAUAUUUGUAAUAAGACCAGUCUGUUAUUCAAGAAUCAUUAUUUUAAUGAACUCUUUCUUGAACGGUAAAGUUGUAGUAUUUGCAUUUUUACAUUUUUCUCAACAAAGAAAUAUUUUUUGUCAAUUUAUAUAUCGAAUUUAACAAUUUAGUCAUUAUUGAAGUAAGGAUUAAUAUUGUACUGAACCUCCAUUAUGAGAUAUAUCUACCAUAAUAUUGUAAAUUAAUCAUAUCGUUGAAAAAUUUCUUUCAAACCGAGGUCACAUCUAUUAUAUCAUUUAUAUUUACUGACAUAUUUUACAUUUUUGCACCGACUAAAGUCUGCAAAUCUAUGUUUGUUAACGAUGGUAAUAUUAUCAAACAAACAAAUUAGCAAAAAAAAAAUAUAUAUAUAUAUAUAUAUAUAUAUAUAUAUAUACAUGCAUACACCCACCCACCCACACACACACACACACACAUAUGUGUAUAUAUAUAUAUAUAUAUAUAUGCACACCCCACACACACAAACUUUUAUGAAAACCUGUGUACAAUAUAGUGUAAACUUUUAUCUCUUGUAGAAAUACAAGAAAUUUGAGUAACAUACAAAUAAGAAUAUUAUAGCUAUGCAAAGUGGUAAAACUAGAAAAUCUAAUUAUAAAAUAUCAUAUUUACAUACAUACAUACAUACAUACAUUAUCUAUAAAGUAAAAUGUUUAUAAUGUAGAUAAAAUCUUGAUAUAAGUGAAAUUUUGCAAGUGUAUGUAACUUAAGCAGUAAAAUACAAUAUAUUUCUUUUCAUCUUAGUAUAUAUCUAUUAUAAAUUGUAAAUAAAUAUUUAGAGUUUAUAAAAAAGAAAAAUUAAAAAAAAAAAAAGAAGAAAAAAAAGGAAAAAAAAUAAAUCUAUGUACAUACAUUAUCUAUAAGCUGUCACAUGUGUAUUAAGAUACAAUAUACGCAAAAUAGGAAUAUUUUA